UUCAUUCACUACAAAAUGCAAACAGUGAUUAAUAACUACACCACCAAGCCUGAGGUUCCAACAUGCACAGGAAGCUUUGAUGCCCGGGAGCUGCGCUUCUCUCGCACAAUGAUCUUUGCAAUCGAAGAGAUAAACAACAACACAGAGUUGCUGCCUGGCCUCAGACUUGGUUAUCAGAUCUAUGACACAUGCGGCUCUGUGCCCGUAGCUGUCCAUGUUGCAUUUCAGCUAUUAAACGGCCAGGACACUGUUUUUUAUAAAGAUAGUAAUUGUUCACGGUCUGGUGUGGUGAUUGCUGCAGUUGGAGACUCUGGAUCCACUCCAUCCAUUAGCAUCUCACGCAUCAUGGGGUCAUUUAACACCCCACUGGUGAGCCAUUUUGCCACUUGUGCCUGCCUGUCAGAUAAACAACAAUAUCCAACAUUUUUCAGAACAAUUCCCAGUGACCAUUACCAAGCUGAUGCCCUAGCCAGGCUUGUGAAAUAUUUUGGCUGGACCUGGAUAGGUGCUGUCCACUCUGACUCGGAUUAUGGAAAUAAUGGCAUGGCAUCCUUCCUUAAGACAGCAACCAGCGAGGGGAUCUGUGUGGAGUAUAUUGAGUCAUUUUAUCGGACUGACCCAGAGAGCAAGAUCAAAAGAGUUGCUGAUGUUAUCCGCAGGUCAUCAGCUGUAGUUGUUGUGGCAUUUACUGCUGAUGGUGAUAUGAAGUUCCUGUUGGAGGAGCUGGCUCGGGACCCUCCACCACCUCGUCAGUGGAUUGGGAGUGAAUCCUGGGUAACUGACCCACUCUCGAUGGGCUUCAGUUUCUGUGCAGGGACCAUCGGAGUUGCCAUUCAGCAAUCUUUUAUCCCAGGUCUGAGAGACUUCCUUCUGGAUCUCUCUCCAUCUGAAGUGGCUGCCUCAUCAGUGCUGACAGAGUUCUGGGAGGAUGCGUUCAAUUGCAGCCUAAGAAAAAGCAGAGAUGCUGAUCUAAACAGGAGAGAGUGUGAUGGAACUGAAGAUAUUAAAGCCCUCAAAAGCCUGUACACUGAAACAUCUCAGUUAAGAAUCACCAACAUGGUGUAUAAAGCUGUUUAUGCAAUAGCACAUGCCCUUCACAAUGCUGCAUGUCAGGAAGCAAAUAACAUGACUCAGUGUGACAAAUACAUGAGUUUGGAGCCCAAACAGAUUGUUUCUGAAUUGAAGAAAGUAAACUUUUCCCAAAAUGGUUACCACGUGUCAUUUAAAGCAAAUGGAGACCCAGUGGCUUUUUACGAGCUGGUAAACUGGCAGAAGAGUGAGAGUGGAGUCAUUGAACUGGUAACAGUGGGAUACUAUGAUGCUUCCCUGCCAAUGGGCCAGCAAUUUAGCAUCAACAGAAACUUAACAUUUGUGAAGGGUGGCACACAAGUCCCAAUGUCAGUUUGCUCUGAGAGUUGUCCUCCAGGAACUCGUAAAGUGUUGCAGAAAGGAAAGCCCAUCUGCUGCUAUGACUGUAUACCAUGUCCUGAAGGAGAGAUCAGUAAUAAGACAGAUUCUCCUGAUUGCUUACGGUGUUGCAAAGAGUUCUGGCCAAAUCCAAAGAAAGACACUUGUUUUCCCAAACCUGUGGAGUUUCUUACCUUUGAUGAGGUCCUGUCAAUCAUCCUGGCUGCAUUCUCUGUUAGUGGGGCCUGUCUGGCCAUCAUUAUAGCAGUGAUUUUCUUUUAUCACAGGACAACUCCAAUUGUCAGAGCCAACAACUCUGAGCUGAGCUUUCUGCUUCUGUUCUCUCUGACUCUGUGUUUACUGUGUUCAUUAACAUUUAUCGGAGCACCAUCUGAAUGGUCCUGUAUGCUACGACACACUGCGUUUGGCAUCACAUUUGUUCUCUGCAUCUCCUGUGUUCUUGGGAAAACUAUAGUGGUUUUAAUGGCUUUUAAAGCUACUCUUCCAGAUAGUAAUGCCAUGAAAUGGUUUGGUCAUCCACAGCAAAGAAUGACUGUAGUGUUUUUCACAUUUAUUCAAGUUGUAAUAUGUAUUGUGUGGUUAGUUGUAAGUCCUCCUUUCCCAAUGAAAAAUCUAACCACCUACAAAGACAAGAUCAUCCUGGAAUGUGCAUUAGGCUCUGCUGUUGGCUUCUGGGCUGUGCUUGGUUACAUUGGCCUGCUGGCUGUUUUUUGCUUUGUAUUAGCUGUUCUAGCUCGGAAACUACCUGAUAAUUUUAAUGAAGCCAAGAUGAUAACCUUCAGCAUGUUGAUAUUUUGUGCAGUCUGGAUCACCUUCAUUCCAGCAUAUAUCAGCUCUCCUGGAAAAUAUACUGUGGCUGUGGAGAUAUUUGCUAUUCUGGCCUCCAGCUUUGGACUGAUACUGUGCAUAUUUGCUCCAAAGUGCUUCAUAAUUUUGUUUCAACCAGAGAAGAACACCAAAAAAUAUUUGAUGACCAAAAACUGAUGGCAAAUUACUGAAAUAUUGGCAGCAAAAUAACAGAAGAAGUUCUGUAACUUCUUCUGUAAGAAGUUACAGAACGUCUUACAGGGAGGGGCGGGGGUUACAAAACUUCAUAUGCUGGUUGUAUAAAAAUAUUACAGGUAUAGAGUAGUCAGGCAUUAUGCCGUGUUGUUACAAUACAUCUUAUCAUACAUCAAGUCACCAUUAUUUGUGUGGCACCAUUAAGGUCAUUAUUUCCUUAAUGGCCCUAUUGUUUUGUGAUAGUGCUGACUACAACUUUUAAAAAUGUUACUUCCAACCAUGUUCAAGAAUUAAGAAGCCUUUUGGAUAUAGGGUGAAAUGUCUUUAAGAAAUGAGAAGUCCACUUGCCUUCUACCUAAGCACUUUAGAAUUUCCAAAAUACUAGCAGGAAA